AUGAGCCUGACGAAUCCGCCGUCGGGGCCCGGUUCCGUGAGCGCUGGUGGAGCCAACAACAGCAGCAGCACCUCCAAGUCGCUCAAGCGGAGCGUGCAGGCGGCGUUUGCUGAUCAUCAUGACCGCCCCCCCGGCUUCCAGCCCCGCGCCCGCGUCACCGACUGCUACCGCAUCGUUGGCUUCAUCAGCAGCGGCACCUACGGCCGCGUCUACAAGGCCGUCAGCCGCAGCCCCGCCUCGCAGGUGGCCAUCAAGAAGUUCAAGCCCGACAAGGAGGGCGAGCAGGUCAGCUACACGGGCAUCUCCCAGAGCGCCAUUCGCGAAAUGAGCCUCUGCAGCGAGCUGCGCCACGCAAACGUCAUCCGCCUCGUCGAGAUCCUGCUCGAGGACAAGUGCAUUUUCAUGGUCUUCGAGUACGCCGAGCACGAUCUCCUGCAAAUCAUCCAUCACCACACCCAGCAGCCGCGCCAUCCCAUCCCCCCCGCCACCGUCAAGAGCAUCAUGUUUCAGCUGCUCAACGGCUGCCAGUAUCUCCACACAAACUGGGUCCUCCACCGCGACCUCAAGCCCGCAAACAUCAUGGUCACCUCGGCCGGCGAGGUCAAGAUUGGCGACCUCGGCCUCGCCCGCCGCUUCGACAAGCCCCUGCACUCCCUCUUCAGCGGCGACAAGGUUGUCGUCACCAUCUGGUACCGCGCCCCCGAGCUCAUCCUCGGUUCCUACCACUACACGCCCGCCAUCGACAUGUGGGCCGUCGGCUGCAUCUUUGCCGAGCUGCUCUCCCUCAGGCCAAUCUUCAAGGGCGAGGAGGCCAAGAUGGACAGCAAAAAGACAGUGCCCUUUCAGCGCAACCAGAUGCAGAAGAUUGUCGACAUCAUGGGCCUGCCCACCCACGACCGCUGGACCCUGCUGCCCACCAUGCCCGAGUACGGCCAGCUCAGCACGCUCCAGGCCCCCGCCUCGCACCACCUCGGCCUGCACCCCCACCAGCAGCACCACGCCCACCAUCACGCCCACCACCACCACCACUCGUCGUCGUCGGCACGCGCCGCCGCCGGCUCCAACCUCGAGCGCUGGUACUACAACACCAUCUCAGGCGGCUCCUCGAGCGCCGCCUCGUCGUCGGUCCCGUCGCUGACGUCGCUCGGCGCCGAGGGCUACAAGCUGCUCGCCGGCCUGCUCGAGUACGACCCCGUCAAGCGCCUGACGGCCGCCCAAGCCUUGCAGGCCGUCUUCUUCAGCACGGGCGACCGCGUUAGCACAAAUGCCUUUGAGGGCCUCAAGGUCGACUACCCGCACCGUCGCGUCAGCCAGGAUGACAACGACAUUCGCACCAGCAGCCUGCCCGGCACCAAGCGCAGUGGACUGCCCGACGACUCGCUGCUGCGGCCCUCGAAGAGGGUCAAGGAGUGA